AUGCCAGAAUAUCACCCAUUUGACAGAGUGGGGAGCGAGAAGGAUCCUUUUACCUUUAUCUUGUCUACAUUUUCCCUACCCUAUCACUCACGUGACCUGAUAGCCCUGUGCAAAGAGGAUUUGACAUGCAAGAAGCUUGAACUGCUUUAG